CAUCGCUGUAUAUCAUUAAGAUUAACUUCUUCCAAAUCUUAUAAUUUAUUUUGACGAAGACAACAUGUAUUAAUAAAAAGAAAAAAGAGACCAUAAACCACUGGUAUAGAUGGAAACUACGAAGAGAACAAUGGGCAUUACCACGAUUGACAGGCGUUUUAGCUUCUAAUUAUUAAAGUUUGGAAAGUGGGUAUGAAUAAUUCCAGACAAAAGAAUGGAAAUUACAAGCAUAUUACCAGAAGAGUGCCUGUGUCUGAUCAUAUCCUUGACUUCGCCGGAAGAUGCAUGUCGAUCGGCCAUGAUUUCUCACGCUUUCAGAUCGGUAGCAAACCGUUAUGAAGUGUGGGAAAAGUUUCUGCCGUCUGAUUAUAGAUCAAUCAUUUCAGGAUCAUCAUCAUCAUCAUUGCUUUCGCUGGGAAAGAAGGAUGUAUAUUUCCAUCUCUGUUUUCAUCCCAUUCUCAUUCAAAAUGGUACCAAGAGCUUUCAGUUGGAGAAAAAGAGUGGGAAAAAAUGCUAUAUGAUGGGGGCAAGAGCACUUUCAAUUAUACCGGAAGGUACACCUGCUCACUGGAUUUGGACAUCUCUACAAGAGUCUAGUGACGGUGAAAAACCUACUUUUGACUUCAAAAGGAUGACAAAGAGAAUGGCGUUGUUGAUAUUCCCUUUGUUUACUUCUUGUUUUGAAUUCUUUAAUAGGUUCCCUGAAACUGCUGAGCUCAAACAAGUAUGGUGGCUCAAUAUGAGGGGAGAGAUUGAGACCAAAAUUUUAUCUUCCGACACAAACUAUGCAGUAUACUUUGUGUUUAAGCUUAGAAAAGAGCAUACAACCGGGUUUACGCAGAGAACUGUAGGUUUGCAUGUCCAUGUGGACAAAAUCGGUUUAAGAGAAGUGCGGAUGGUGUCGUUAGACCCUUUAAGAGAUGAGCCUCGAUAUAUUCGAGAGAGAGGAGAUGGGUGGAUGGAGAUUGAAAUGGGUGCUUUUUUUAAUAAUUGUGGGGACGAUGGAAGCGUGGAGUUCAGUGUUUGGGAGGCUCACACAAAUUACGUUAAGCGAGGUCUCAUUAUUGAAGGAAUUGAGUUGAGGCCUAAAGAUAGUGCUAGUUAGGUGUACAUUGAUUUACUCAAACUAGGAAAAUCCUAUUGUAGUUGAAAAUGAUCAGCAACGAGUUACGGCCUUUAAAAUUUGUAUAAAUUAAUUAUGUGUGCAGCUUGAAUGAUUUUCAUUUCGAGUGUUAUAAAGUAUUUUCUAUGGCCAUA